AUGCGCCUCAUCAAUGUCGAGUCCCUCGAACUCGAAUCCUUCGUCGGAGACCUCGGUCGCGGACUCCCAACAUAUGCCAUCCUCUCACACGUAUGGACAAACGAAGAAGUCUCAUAUCAACAGAUGACAGGUCUUCUCCCUCUAUCUGAAAACUCAAAAGGAUAUUGGAAAAUCAUCGACUUUUGCGCUAAAGCCAGAAAUGAGGGAUUUGAUUAUGCCUGGAUAGACACAUGCUGCAUAGACAAGACGUCAAGCGCAGAAUUAUCAGAGGCUAUCAAUUCAAUGUUUCAGUGGUAUCGUGACUCUGCGGCAUGUUAUGUCUAUCUGGAAGAUGUACGCAGUACAGAAAAUCCUGUGUCUCAAGAUUCUGCUUUUCGUCGGAGUCGAUGGUUUACGAGAGGAUGGACACUGCAGGAGUUACUCGCGCCGCAUGAAGUAAUUUUCUGUGCCGAUGAUUGGCAAGAAAUCGGUACAAAAGCUAGCUUGAGUCAAACGAUAUCGGCGGUCACGAAGAUUGAUGUCGCCACUUUGCGAAAGCACACGUGGGCACAUGUCAGUGUUGCCAUGAUCAUGUCGUGGGCCUCGAUGCGACAGACUACAAGACUUGAAGACCAGGCGUACUCUCUUUUGGGACUCUUUGACGUCAAUAUGCCGCUCAUAUAUGGCGAAGGUCAAAAGGCUUUCUAUCGGCUUCAGAUCGAGAUCAUGAAGCUCUCCAACGAUGACUCAUUGUUCGCAUGGUCUACGGAACCUUUGGAAGAUCAAGGCUACUCCGCUGGUGAGGGAGCUUCAUCCCGAGGUUUUCGUUUCCUGGGGUUACUUGCACCAUCGGUUCUUUGCUUCAGGGAUUCGCACGAUAUCAUGGCACCAAAAGACUUUCCUGGCAGUCAUUCACCCUACGACAUAGUGAAGGAGAAUAUCAGUCUGUCAGCGACACUCGUCAGGCUCUGUCCACUGCCCGUCAAUCCGAACGACAUUCCUUGUGGAAUAGACAAAGUUGACGUCGUUGGGACGGUCCGAUUCUCGAAGAACGUUCACCCUGUAAAGGCUGUUGACCACGGCCUUGUUAUCACGCCAGCUAGACAAGACUCCAAAGGAAUGAAAGUCAUGUGUUUACUUGCCAUCUUACGAUGUUGGAACAAAGAUGGCUACAUCGCUAUACCGAUCAAGAAACUAUCCUCUGUUGGAUACCAGAGAGUGGAACAUGCGUAUCGAUGCCGAUGGUUCAGAGUGCGUUUGAUGCCGUUACGCCUUUGUCUGAAAGAUGAGGAUGAGAAGGCAGAGAAUGAGUCGAUUUAUAGAUUGAGACAAUAUGACUCCGAGUACAGCAUAAGAGGACCACCGGCCGAUCCACCUGAGACUAUACUCAUCAAAUCAUACGUCCCACUGGAUUUGUCAUAUCCUUCUUCCCAAACAUCAACAACGGGAUCUUUACCCUUCAAGUUACGCUCGCUACCCCUUGAGCACGCCGACUACAUUCUCAGUAGGGACUCUCCAGAGAACCUCGUCUUCCCAUUGCCGGAGUCGCGUGUCCAGGCUCACGUCCUGGAGAGGUUCAACAAAAUAAUCGGCACUGACCAAAUAGCGAGUCUUGUCUUCCAACCCAUGAUUACAACUGCAGAACUCCCGCCAUUCUCCAUCAAUAUUGCAACUAUGUGGAUCAAGAAAAGUGAACAGAAGUACUUAGGAGUCCAUAUUGAUGAAAGGCUGGGAUGCUACUACUCGGGACCUUCCAGUGACCCAUCUGGUGAUGAGAUAACCCGACGCCCAAGAGUUGAGUUUGUACCUAUAGAUCCCAGUCGACCUUGCACUACAAUUCCGUUGUCGGAUAAGUUAUGUCUUGUGUUCCGGGUGCGGCAAGGUAUUUUCAGAGACGCAUCAUGUUACAUAAAUGUUGGUAUUGAGAAGAAGCUGGAAUGGGGCAUGGAAUCGAAGAAUGAUAGCGAUGAGGCUUGGGUAACUGCUGAAGACGCUUUAUCACGUCGCUUCACCGAUGUUUCAAUAUGA